AUGGAUGAAGUCAUGCAAUCGCUAAAGGAUGAUGAGGUCUCUGCCAUUGCGAUCCAUGGAAUGGGUGGCGUUGGCAAGACAACAAUGGUGAAACAUAUUGCUGCACAAGCCCGGAAUGAUGAGAUUUUUUAUAAGAUGAUUAUGACUGUCGAAGCCCAAAGCCCUGACUUGACAAAAAUUCAAGGAGAAUUGGCAGAUCUACUAGGUGUAAAAUUUGGUAAGGAGACAAAAAUUGGUAGAGCUGUCAGAUUGAAUAAGGAGAUAAUGAUAAGAAAUAAGAUUCUUAUAAUCUUGGACGACCUUUGGGGAACAAUAGGAUUGUCAAUCAUAGGAAUUCCUACCUUCAAGGAGCUUCAAAAUCGAAAGUCUUUUGAUUCUAUCAAUUCCAAUGAUGUAGCGAGGAAGGUAGCUAGAGAAUGUAGUGGUCUACCAAUUGCAUUGAUCGUAGUUGCAAGGGCACUUGGAGAUAAGGACCUGGUGGAAUGGGAAAAAGCACUUAGACGACUUGAGAAAUCGCAAAUUGCUAACCUUGACGAGAAGGGAGAUAAUUCCAAGUCAUGCUUCUUGCUCUGUUGCCUAUUCCCAGAAGACCAUGGCAUCCGAAUAGAAAACUUGUUCAAGUAUGCGAUUGGGAAAGGAUUGUUUGGAGAUGCUGACACAAUAGAAACCAGAGGACCUGUAGAUUCAGUGGUCAAGUACCUAAAAGAUUCUAGCUUGCUUUUGGAUAGUGAAGAAGUUGGAUGUGAAAGGAUGCAUGAUGUCAUCAGGGAUACAACUACGAAAAUUGCACUAUCUGAAGAUGGGCAUGGGUUUUUGGUUAAACAGCCAUGGUUUAGAGGAAAUACGAGGAGGUUACUCUGCAGUCUCACUAAUGGCAAUUUGAAAGCUACCGGCCAAGUUGGUAUGUCCAAAACUCCAAAUUUUAUUACUAAGUGA